AAAACCCCGUUGACCCUUGGAGAAGACACUACGACGAGUAGAUACGUUUUUCGUGGCCCAUGGUCGCUUCUCGACAGCGGCGCAGGCAGCAGAAUGAACAGCUAUCAAGCCUGAAAAGUUCAAUUUUGAGAGAAAGUCUGAUUGAAAAGGCAGAAGGGAAAAGCGUUAGACGACCGGUUUGUAUACUGUAUGCGACGGCAAGCAUCCUUGCGAAGGCGGUAUUCUUGGUCAUAAUCUGGCCAUAUAUUGAUGUGUACGUGUAUAAUGACGGCCUAUACAAGAAACAGUGGGAUGCUACCGCUUUAUCCCCCUGUCCUUCCACCGUCCCGUGGUGCUCUAGGAACAGUCAGAGCUGUCUCUCCAAGAAGAACAAUGUCAUGAGCAUUCUUCAAAUUCCUUUUUGCAGCUGACUUUCAAACUACGUACUUUUAGUCUUCAGCUCCAGGUUUGUGUAGUAUGUUUGUUUAUAAUAUCUGUGCUCUAUGUCUCUGUCUAGUACCGGACAGUGUGUUCAUCGACACACAUCGAUAUUGCACAGUAUGUGGUACUUCAUUCUUUCGUCGACAAACAUCCACACUGAGUUCAAGGAGUGUAGGUUUGCUGCUGAACUUCAUGUUCAGCGUCUUCUGAACUAAUAGUCACAGAAUGUAUAUUGCAAGUUGUUCUGUUAUACCCAAUGUUUCACUUUACACUUUGUAUCAUGGCCGACAUGGGCCCACGUCAUGGUUUCUGUAGCUAUCCAUGUCAAUGACUAUUUUGAAAUCACUA